GCGGGAGGUCGGUGGCGGAGGGGGGUAACGGCGGAGUCGAGUAGGUUGCCCUGUAUUUGUGGGGCUGCGUCGGCUGUAGGUUGUGGAGUGGGGCCGGCGAUGUACGGUCGCGGUGGGCGCCUGGUGCGGGAGGUGGCGAGGGCGGCAGUGGGCCGGGUCCCGGGCUGUCCCGCCGGCCUGAGGGCCGCUCGUACCGGGGAGGUGCCGGCCGCCCGCAGCCGCCCCACACUUCGCCCAGACCUGAAUAGUUUUGUUUCUCGGACUCACACUUGUGGAGAGCUUUGUGCUGCUCACAUUGGUCAGGAGGUUAGACUCUGUGGCUGGGUUCAGUAUCAAAGACAGGGCCUCUUUAUCAUUCUGAGAGAUUUUGAUGGAUUAACACAAAUUGUUAUACCACAGGAGGAGUCCACUGCACACUUUAAGGAGAUGCUUUGUGAACUUCCUCUUGAAUCUGUAAUUGCUGUCACUGGAACAGUCAUCCCCAGGCCACCAGGACAAGCUAAUCUGGAAAUGUCGACAGGUAAAAUUGAAGUGCGGUUGCAGCAUGCUGAAAUACUGAAUAGAUGCAGAAAGUUACCCUUUGAAACCAAGGAGCUUGUAAAGAAGUCAGAAGCAUUGCGUAUGCAGCAUCGAUACCUGGACCUGAGGAGCUCUCAGAUGCAGUACACCUUGCGACUACGGUCCCAGAUGGUCAUGAGAAUGCGGGAGUAUCUCUGUAAUUUGCAUGGUUUUGUAGACGUGGAGACACCAACAUUAUUUAAGAGAACACCUGGAGGAGCAAAGGAAUUUGUGGUACCUUCGAGGGAGCCAGGAAAGUUUUAUAGUCUCCCACAAAGCCCACAGCAGUUCAAGCAGAUACUGAUGGUUGGAGGACUGGACAGGUACUUCCAAGUGGCACGUUGUUACAGAGAUGAGGGUUCAAAGCCAGACCGACAACCUGAGUUUACCCAGGUCGACAUUGAGAUGUCCUUUGUAGACCAGAUGGGGAUUCGGAAGCUGGUUGAAGGACUAAUAGAGUACUCCUGGCCGGAGGAGAAAGGACCCAUUGCUGUACCCUUCCCAUCAAUGACAUAUCAGGAGGCCAUUGACAGCUAUGGCGUUGAUAAACCCGACAUUCGAUUUGGAAUGAAGAUUAUUGACAUCAGUGAAGUGUUUAGAGAUACAGAGAUUUCCUUUCUACGUGAUGCACUGUCCUAUACCUCUGGUGUUGUACGGGCAAUCUCGAUCACUGAAGGGGCAAAACUUCUGAAAAAGAAAGAUUUAGAAAACCUUAAGAAAUUGGCAAAGGCCCAAUUUAAUCAGGAUCUGACAUUUUUUGUGCUACAACCUGAUGGUACGUGGAAAUCUCCACUUGCUAAAAUCCUUACGAAUGUGGAGCAAUCACAGCUAUGUCACACAACAAAUCUCCACGAAGAUGAUGUGCUGAUACUUGCUGCAGGUGACUGGGCAAAAGUAAGUGCCGCAUUAGGGAAGUUGCGGCUGGAGUGUGCCAAUAUACUGGAGUCUAAAGGUAUUGCUCUCCGAGAUCCAGGUAUAUUCAAUUUCCUCUGGGUUGUUGACUUCCCAUUGUUUCUACCAAAAGAAGAGAGACCUGAAGAGUAUGAAUCUGCCCAUCAUCCCUUCACAGCUCCCCACCCAGAUGAUGUCCAUCUCAUUUACACAGAGCCUGGUAAGGUGAGGAGUCAACAUUAUGACCUGGUACUGAAUGGCAAUGAAAUAGGAGGAGGCUCCAUUCGAAUACAUAAUAUGGAGUUGCAGCAUUAUGUACUGGAGUCGAUAUUAAAGGAAGACAGUGGAUUAUUACUACAUCUACUGAAGGCAUUAGAUUCUGGAGCACCGCCCCAUGGGGGGAUUGCAUUGGGCUUGGACAGACUGAUUGCUCUUAUAGUUGGAGCAUCAACUAUCAGGGAUGUGAUUGCUUUUCCUAAAUCUUUCAGAGGACAUGAUCUGAUGAGUAACGCACCAGACUUUGUGAGUCCUGAAGAGCUAAGCCCAUAUCAUAUUCAAGUCAACUGGCCAGCAGAAAUCCACAAGGACAGCACCAACUCCUGAGUUACUGCAGCAAUUGGUAACUGAGACAAAAGCAACAGCAGCUAAAGUGGGAUUUUGGACCAUAUAGUUUGUACCAUACCAGAAACACUGAGGGUUGGUACGUCUGAACUGCUCCCUGCUGUGGCAUUGAACAUACUUUCUAGUACUUAAAAUGCAAACUUUUAUCAAAUCGUGGCAACUUAAAUCACUAAAACCACCAUUUCUUCAAGCAAUAAGGUAAACUACUUUCAGGAUAAAACAUCGCCCCAUACUUGGUGGUCCAAGAUUUUUUACUCUGCUUUCCAAUUCUGUACUUGUAUGCUGCAUUGAUACUUUGUGAUCUGUAUUGCAAUGCAAAUAAUACCAUUAAAAAAAGCAAUGUUCAGUUGACCAUAAAAUAUUCCAUGGCACAGAAUGCUAACAAAGACUUUAUCUACGUAUCUUCGAAGGACAGUAGAGAAAGCAAAAAGUUAAUGCCACAUUUCCCUAAGUAAUAAUAAAUUCGCAAAAGUUC